UGCGUCAGAUAAAUUGUCGCACGUCACGUGUCAGCGUAGUACAGCUGGCAAAACAAGCGCAGAAAAAUCCAGUAUUUAACAUAAAGUACAAUGAGCAGAACUAAACAGGUUUAGGUAGUUACGUUUAAUCGGUAUUGUCACAGCCUACGUUUCUACGUCAGUUUUGUUCACGUAAACGCUAAACGAUGGCGAGCUCGCAAGGAAGUAAAAACACGAAUACGGAACCGUGGGGUGGAUUCGAUGACAACAUUAUCCAGGGCAGUGGCUCAGCAGUGAUAGACAUGGAGAACAUGGACGACACCUCUGGUUCCAGCUUUGAGGAUAUGGGGGAGAUUCAUCAGCGUCUGAAGGAGGAGGAGGAGGUGUCCGCUGAGGCAGAAGCUACAGAGGAGGACAACGGUGAAGAUGCAGAUUUCCUCGGCAUGAAAGGCAUAAAGGGACAGUUGGGCAGACAGGUUGCUGAUGAGGUAUGGCAAGCUGGAAAGCGGCAGGCCUCGAAAGCCUUUAACCUCUAUGCCAAUAUUGACAUCCUGCGGCCAUACUUCGAUGUGGAGCCUAUUCAAGUCAGAAACAGGUUAAUUGAAUCUUUGAUCCCAGUCCGAAUGAUCAACUUUCCACAGAAAGUUGCUGGAGAACUGUAUGGACCAAUGAUGCUGGUGUUCACACUGGUGGCCAUUCUGCUCCAUGGCAUGAAGACGUCAGACACUGUCAUCAGAGAGGGCACGCUGAUGGGCACUGCCAUUGGAACCUGUUUUGGAUACUGGUUGGGCGUCUCUUCUUUUACGUACUUCGUUGCUUACCUGUGCAAUGCUCAGAUUACUAUGCUGCAGAUGUUAUCUUUGCUAGGUUAUGGUCUCUUUGGCCACUGUGUGGUCCUAUUUGUCACCUACAACAUCCACUUCCACUCGCUGUUCUACCUUCUCUGGCUGGCUGUCGGUGGGCUCUCUACUCUCCGGAUGGUGGCUGUGCUGAUCUCCCGAACUGUUGGUCAGACUCCGCGACUCAUCUUGUGUGGCACUCUGGCUGCUCUGCACAUGCUCUUUCUGCUUUACCUGCACUUUGCUUACCAUAAAAUGGUAGAAGGUAUUCUGGAUACCUUGGAAGGGCCCAAUAUUCCUCCCAUUCAGAGGGUUGCCAGAGAUGUUCCCAUUGUUGCGAACACCCUUGUGAAUGCCACCAUCAAUUCGAUAGCUGCAAUUGUACAGACACAAUGAUUAUAUAUUUGGCUUCUGGGCCAGUGCGAGUCUGAUGUGUAUAUUUAUAAUCAGGGCAGUUUCUAUAGAGCUUCAGCUCAGUAUAAAUCUCAUGUAGAUAUCCUGAUACUGUCAAACUGAUCUUAAGGGAUCCUCUUAGCUCAAGAUGACAUCACUUAUGUUGGACUCAUAUUAUUAUGAGAUGGCACUUUGGCAUGCCAUCCAAAUCACUUUACACUUGUCUUUCAUCAUUUUUGUUGCUAAGAGUUACAGUUGUGAAGGCCUAACAAUAGUUGAACAUUUAUUCAGGUUAUGUAAGCCUAACUAUUCGUCUUAUCAACACAAAAAAUACACUUUCUUUUAAGAUGAGGAUAUUAAUGGCUAAAAGAUAACUGUUGUUUUAGAGGACUUAAAGGCGGAGUCCAUGAUGUUUGAAAGCCAAUGUUGAUAUUUGAAAUCACCUAAACAAACACGCCCCUACCCCAAUAGAAUCUGGACCUUCUGUUGAUAGACCCGCCCCACACAUACGCAACCCGGCGUUUGAUUUGAUUUUAUUGGCCAUAAGUGUGUUUUGGUAGUCGGCCCGUCUCCUUUUCCAACGCGUUUUUCAAACAUCGUGGACUCCGCCUUUAAAUGCAACUGGAUAUUUGUGCUCAGUGAAUGUACAUUUACAUAAACAGCCUUUCCAGUUGAAAGUCCCAACAAAAAGUUUUAAUUACAGAGAAGAGGAGACAAAUAUCACCACAAACUCUUUAGUUCUGUUUAAGAUCUUGUUGCAUAAGAGGUGUUUAUAAAGACUAUGUAUAAAAGUCUUUGUCUUGAUUGGAAGGCACAAUGAUACAGAAAUGCUAUGAUUUUUUGUUUAAAAAUGGGAAAGGUCUUACUGGUGCAUGAGGUCUUUUUCUUAAUGCAUUUUUAUCCAGCAGUUGUGGUGCAGUCUGGGUCUAUUCAAAGCUAUGGUUGGGGUGAGGGUUAUAAGUGCUAUCUUAUUAUGUUGUCUUUUACAUGUGAUCUGCAUAUUUAAAAUGUUCUUGUAAAGAGAAAAUAAACUAAUAAAACAAGCCGAUGCCUUGCGAAA